AUGGCUGCCGUCGAGCAGUCUGAGCAACGCCGACAACGACGCCGACGAGGACCUUGUUCGCUCGCUUCAGCGUCCGACUCUGAGCUCAUGCCAUCGAUGCUGAGAUUGAGGCUGAGACUGAUGGGUACCACGGCAUUGCUGCUCAUGCUGCUGCUCAUGCUGCUGCUGGUGCUGGCAGACCAGGCACGGGCCGACGCCCCGCCGGCGCACCGACGCCUGCCGCGCAUCCAGUGGGCGCAGAAUGAAGCGCGCUUGUUUGUGACGCUGCAGAUGGAAGGCGAGAUGGUCGGCGACCCGCAGAUCAGGCUCAACGAGACACACUUUGCAGUCGAGGCGACGACGCUCAAGAGCAAGGCAUCCUCACCACCCACAAGUGGCGCAGGUGCAGCCGCAGUCAAGUCCAUGCCAGAACUCGCAGAGGCUGAUCAGAGCGAUCAGGCCGUGGAAUCGUCCCGGCGGAACACCAAGGAACAGCAGCAGGACCAAUGGAACCAUUACGUGCUGGAAGUCGAGCUGCGCGAAGAUAUCGUGCCGUCCAAGAGCAAGUGGGCGCGAGCUGCAGACGGAGGCAUUCGUCUGACGCUGGUCAAAUUGUACCCGCACGAAUUCGAUCGCCUGCUCAAGGACGAAGCCCCGUUGCGCAAGCUGAUCUCGAUCGACUGGCGGCGCUGGAACUUUGUGGCGGAUCUCAGCAGCGAGUUUGAUGCAUUCGAGGCCAGUGCGUUUGCAAGGCGACGGCUUGUUACAGACACCUCUCGCGACGACGACGACGACGACAACGGAAGUGACGACGGAAGUGACGACGGCGGCGGCAACGCAGCGCUCACACGCAAGCAGCGUCUUGCUCUCGAAUCAUACAAGAACGACUUUCAACGCAGCACGGAUGACGAUGAUGACGAUGACGAUGACAAUGAUUCUGACUACGGCCACAGGUCCAAGACCCGCGAGCAGCUCAUUGUAGCGUCGCGGGAUGCCAGCCAAGAUGCAGUGGACUAUCACGCUUUGGUUUACACAUCGUUCCCGCAUGUGAUGCAGCUCGGUGCGGGCAACUUUUCAGAUACGCUCGAUUCCGCCAACGUGGUGGUUGUUCACGUCUCGUAUCCAUGGUGCAAGUCCUGUCGCUACUUUGAGCACGAGUUUUUGCAUGCUGCCGAGCGCGUCUACAGACGAGUGGAGCCGCAGCAGCGGCAGCACACACAUGCUCCUCUCGAUUCCUCAGAUCAGGACGCUACCGACGCCCAGGAUUCCCGACCAUCUUUAUUUGCUUUUGGUCGCAUUGAUGCACGCGAGGAGCGAGAGUUGGGACUGCGCUAUGGCGCUCAGUGCAGUGUGAUUUGCGAGUUUCACCUCUUCCGCGCCGGCAGCUUGGCAGCCGUCUACCAUGGCAUCAGUGCAGAGGACCAGAUGACAAAGUUUAUUCAGCGUCACAUGGGCCCUUCUGUUGUCCAGAUCAGCGCAGCUCAAGACCUCGAUGCUCUCAUGCUUGCUCACGCGACGAGCACGACUCCCGCUUCUGCCCAUGCCCACGUUCUUGCCGCACCUGCUGCUUCUGCCAUGGUGUUGUUUCUCCGCGGUUCUACUCAGGAGCCGGCGUCCUCGGGAGGAGACAUUUCCGAGCUGCUACCAACGCUGCCCAUUCUCCAACGACAAGCUCUGUCCGAGUUUGUCGCGUUCGCAGACGCCCACCGUGACGACUUCACUUUCGGUUUUGUGAGAUUGCCUCAGGUAGGUCGUGAGCUACUUGGAGGGCAACGCAUCCGACCGUCAAACACCACCGCAUCCUUCAACGACGCUGAGGACUGGGACGCGCCCGGCUUGCUGGAAGCGUUUGAAGCAGACAUUCCAUUGCUCGUGGCCUUCCAUCAUGCAUUCGACUGUCGUGAACGCUCCUUGUGCUUUAGCACGCACUCCACCAACAGUGCGAAUCGCACUCCAGGAAGCAAGCAACCGUGUGUUUACGCAGAGACGCUCUCGGAGGCUGCGCAACAGCUAUUCGUCCUCGACCGCUACCCUCUGCUUGUUCAACGCGAUGUUGGUAUCGACCGCUACCACCGUCGAAACAACUUUACCGUCGCGUCACUCUUUGUUUGCAGCUUGAGCGACUUGUCAUCCGUGUUGAUUCCGCGAGACGGGCGUGACGCGCAUGUCACAAUUCCGCUCGGUCUCGCUGUGCGUCAAGUUGCGGAUCAACUCCGGCACAAAGGGCUCAUGUUUGUCGUGGAGCACGGGCCGGUUGUUCGCGAACUGCUCGUCGUCCAUGGUUUGGUGUACAGCGACGCGCCAGUUGUGGCCGACGUGCCUCUGGCCGGACUGACUUUGCCAGCCUUCUCUUGCGCCCUUGUCAACGACACAUUCCGGGACAUUGAGUCGCAGAAGUCCGCUCCUCUGUUGGCCGAGGAUGCCUUUCCUCGAUUCGGCCUCGUGCCUGAUUCUGAACUCGCAUCGCAGCUCUCACAAGAAAGCAUGUUGCAACACAGUCUGGCGGUUGUGGAAGGACGAGCGAUGCGCACGUACAAGUCCGAAUCCCCAAACACUGUCACAGAAAACGCGCACAUGCUGCACCGCGUCACUGCAGCCUCGUUUGAUCGCAUUUGCCGCAACCCAACGAAUGACGUGCUUUUGGAGAUUUACCAUCCUUUGGCCCAAAAUCAUGCCAUCAUCCAGCGUGGUCUCGAGGCCCUGUCGCGCGUUGCGCACCGUCACUUGCCAAGCCUGGUUGUUGCUCAGAUGGAUGCCUCCAAGAACUUUGUUCCGCCAGCGUUUCGACCGCUUCCAACCGCUCAUCAGUCAGAGGAGCUGUCCGUGGAAGACGGCAACGCCACGCAACACGCAUACCCCAUCCUCGUCUUGUUCCCCGCUCAUGCCUCUGGCGUGGACGUGCACUACCAGUACCUCGGCCCGCUGUCCGCACACAAUUUGCUGAAUUUCGUUCAUCGCCAUGCCGGCCAUGACUUUGAGCUGCCCGUUGCAAGUCGGGCCCUCCAGCGUGAAUACCUGGCCAAAGUGAAAAAGGAGAUUCCUGUGGGAGAUCUGGAGACGUACCAGCGGUCGGCGAAUGCGACGCAAUCUGACGAGCGCAUCCGCAAGCUCAAGAAAGAUUUGGAGGCCGCCGAGAAGCUGCUCGGUGGGCCUACCGGACUCCCGAAUCCCAAGUCCAAGCGCAAAUCCAAGCUUCGCAAAACGCGUCGUGCGCCAAAGGACGAGACAGUGACCUCGCCACUGCCCGACACUACUCGCGUCGUUGAAGUCGCUUUUGAUACAAAUCCGCCACCGCCGCCGCGUCGGCGCGACGGUCAAGAGGCUGCGAUAGCUGCCGCUCGAGGUUUUGGCUUUAUGCCUGAUGACUUCCAGGCGGGACAUCCGGACAUUCCUGCAAAUGUGCUCGAUCGAUUGCAGCAGUGGAAUGCGCACAGCCACACCGAUGAAGAUGGCGAAGUGCGCCACUCGUUCACCCAUGCCUACACGGCUGAACGCCAACCAAAGUCGUCAGACGAAGGCGAUUCUAGCGCGUCCGACAAUGCACAACCUCAAGCGUUAUAA